UCACGUUGUGUGCAGUAUAUAUAUUUCCAUAAAUGGACUCUUCAUUUGCGCGAUCGAUUUUCCCUCUCUUUCACACACAACACACACUUCCACAAUUUUAUGCAUAGUUGGUUUCCAAUUCAAGCGUAAUCAAUGUAGAGACGAUCUUUGGCAGAACUUUUUCAAAGCUGUGUACUAAUCCGUGAUUUUAUAUGGAGCGCUUCUGGAAUCUUCAAUUUCCUCGCUGUAUUUGAAUGAGAAAAAAUAGCCUUUGUUUUGCCGCAUUAACGUUUCUCCGCUGUUCAGCUGUUUUUUGGCGUCGAUUUGCCCCGUUCUGAAAGGAAACGUAGCUUGAAAAAACGAAAUUUGUGUUCGCGUUUGGAAUUCGAAAGCUGACAUCGCUCGCGAGCGGAGUUCGGAGUUCAAUAUUGAUACAAGUUUUUUGUCUCGGACUCCGCAGAAUCUUCAGUUGUCUAAAAAAUAUGCUACUCUUGCCAAAUUGUGGGAAAAUAUGAAUGUAGGAAGCAAUGGGGACUGAUUUGAGAUCUGUGGUGGAGACGGCGGGAAGUCUAUCAACCUCUGACCAUAAAUCAGUGGUCUCGAUCACCUUGUUUGUCACGCUCCUCUGCGCGUGUAUUGUGAUCGGUCAUCUAUUGGAGGAAAGUCGUUGGAUAAAUGAAUCAAUCACUGCCCUUAUUAUUGGUUUGGGAACUGGAGUUGUGAUUUUACUUCUAAGUGAAGGGAAAAACACACACCUUUUUGUGUUCAGCGAAGAUCUUUUCUUCAUUUAUCUCCUUCCUCCAAUCAUCUUCAAUGCUGGGUUCCAGGUCAAAAAGAAACAAUUCUUCCGCAAUUUUGCGACUAUAAUGAUGUUUGGAGCAAUUGGUACACUAGUAUCUUUCACAAUCAUAUCACUAGGUGCUAUUGCCAUCUUUGGGGAAAUGGAUCUUGGUCUUGAUAUUGGGGAUUAUCUUGCAAUUGGAGCUAUUUUUGCUGCAACAGAUUCUGUUUGUACAUUGCAGGUGCUAUGUCAGGAUGAGACUCCACUACUUUACAGUCUAGUGUUUGGAGAAGGCGUUGUAAAUGAUGCAACAUCGGUCGUGCUUUUCAACGCAAUCCAGGAUUUUGACCUUACUCGUAUCAAUUCAACUAUAGCUUUGCAGCUGAUUGGAAAUUUUAUAUAUUUAUUCAUCUCAAGCACUGCGUUGGGUGUUUUCCUUGGACUGCUCAGCGCAUAUAUCAUAAAGAAGCUUUAUUUUGGAAGGCACUCAACUGAUCGUGAGGUUGCGAUCAUGAUGCUCAUGGCUUACCUAUCAUACAUGUCGGCAGAAUUAUUCUAUUUAAGCGGGAUCCUCACCGUCUUCUUUUGUGGGAUUGUAAUGUCACAUUACACCUGGCAUAAUGUGACUCAGAACUCGAGAGUUACAACUAAACACACCUUUGCAACAAUGUCAUUUGUUGCUGAGACAUUCAUAUUUCUGUAUGUUGGCAUAGAUACUCUGGACAUCGAGAAGUGGAGGGUUGUAAGUGACAGCCCAAGAACCUCAGUCAAAGUCAGUGCAAUUAUACUUGGUCUGAUCUUGGUUGGAAGAGCAGCCUUUGUUUUUCCUUUGUCAUAUUUGUCCAACUUCAAGAAGUCAGAACGUGAGAAAAUCGGCUUUCAUCAGCAAAUUACCAUAUGGUGGGCUGGACUUAUGCGAGGUGCUGUAUCUAUGGCUCUUGCUUACAACCAGUUUACCAGGGCAGGCCACACCCAGUUACGCGGCAAUGCCAUCAUGAUCACCAGCACCAUAACGGUCGUGCUCUUCAGCACCGUGGUUUGUGGGCUGAUCACAAAACCACUGGUGAGAUUCUUGAUGCCGUCAUCAAAAGAGCUCAACAGAUCAAUGUCUUCAGAGCCUGGCACGCCCAAGUCCUUCACCGUGCCGCUUCUUGCCAGUCAGGAUUCGGAUUCCGAGCUCUUCAACACAACCGGGCAGGUGUAUGGGGCUGAUGGAGUGCAGGAGCCUGCAGUCCGCCCGAGCGGCCUGCGCAUGCUUCUCACGACGCCCACUCGCACUGUCCACUACUACUGGAGGAAAUUCGAUGACGCCUUCAUGCGCCCCGUCUUUGGUGGCCGCGGCUUCGUCCCCUACGUGCCGGGCUCCCCGACGGAACAAAGUUUGCAUCAGUGGCCUGCAGAAGAAGCCAAGUAAUCAUGACUUCCAAAACUCAAGUUUUCUGCUUUUCGUGUUUUCAUUAUUAAGCUUAUAGUAUAUAUUUGGGCCUCUAGAUUAGUGUAGACUUCAAGCAGAGAGAGAGUGGUUUUCAAAUUGUCUGGUUUUACAAAAACACCAGAUUUUGGUGUGUAUUUUUUUGUUAGCAAGGCUGUGUGUAUUUGGUCUUGCUAUUUAACUAGCUAUGUAAUAUGUAUAGCAUGUUGUAAUUGUUGUUAUUUGUAUAUUGUAACUUCUCCGGAAUAAUAAUGGAAGCAUAAAUUAUGUCAGCUAA